UGACCUCGCCAGACUGUCCCACGGCCGAUAAUCGGCCUGAUGUCUUUGAAAAAGCAUCAUGAGGCGACAGAAAGAGCGAAGAUACUGUUUUAAACAAUUUGGGAAGAGUCGUAAAAUUACGCUCACUUUGCAAGACAUACAGAACGUUAUACACGGCUGUGCUAUGGAAGAAAGUGCGUAUCAUUCUGAUGGCACCUGGGCAACAAUUUGCACUUCUUUACAGGUUCCAAAUUCACUAUCAAACAGGAUACGACUAAGAAACAUUUUUUUUGCACACUUGAAGCCUCCUGAAGGCAGUGCUGAGGAGAGAGAUGUGUUGGAGGCCAAAUCUCCGAGCCCCAAGUGUUCUCCUCUGGGAAGUCCUGAUGCUGCACCUGACAACGACAUUGAGUAUGAGGACAAGGAUCUGAAGGAGAUUAAGUCUUCUUCAUCCAAGUGUUCUCCUCUGGGAAGUCCUGAUGCUGCACCUGACACCGACAUUGAGUAUGAGGACAAGGAUCUGGAGGAGGUUAAGUCUUCUUCAUCCAAGCUCACUGAGAGACAGGAUUCUACCCAAGCAUCAGAAACAUCUUCCGAAAAUAGUGAUUGCCCAGUUUGUGUAGAGGUCACUCUGAGGGAUGAGAGUAACCUGAAGGCCUGGGUGACUUUCAGGGAGAGGAGGUCUGUCACAAGUGGUGACAACGUGGAAAAACACUUCCAAAACCUUCAGAACAGGUUGCAAACAAUUGGCUUUUCUGAAAGCAGUGACCGUGCAGAAAAUGCUGAAAAUGACUUUGAGAUCAAUCUGGGGCACACAACAUUUCAUACUCAUUUUGCGGAAAUAGUGGCAAACGCACCUGUAGAUGUAAAGGGUGAGCCAAAUGAGUAUCAUUCACCUACAUUCAUGCCUAACCUGGUGAAAUAUUUCCUACCUCAGGCAGUUUUGUGGUCUGGUCUUAUGCUGGGUGAUCUUGGCCGCCAUGGAAAAGGACCAGCCUACAAUCAUUUUUCCAAGAUCUUUAUGCGAUGCAGUCAGUCAGGCACACAGAACUACACUGAGGACAACAAGACUCAGGCUAUAAUGGAGAAAAGCCAAUGGGAUCUGAAAAAAUUAGAUUCCAGAGACGUCUACACAUAA